UCGUAGUAAGCACGCGCGUGUCUGGUCGUCCCUUGUGCACGAGGUGGUCCGUGUAUAUUACGCGAUUUGUCUCGGCGCGGUUGUUCAUUUAAGGUCGGCACCCCCGACAGGGAUGUAGCUCCAGUUUGGAUGGGUUCGCGGACAUCGGUGCUAUUGGACAGUGCCGAUAUCGAUGUGCAUUCAGUGUUGUCUACUGUUAAACUGUGAUUAGUGUUGACCGGUGCGAAAGACUCGUUGUGGUCUGAGGUAAUGCCAAAGAAGUAUUAAUUCCGAAAGACGUGGUCAAGGAAAAAUGGAAAGCUUCGGCAGCAAGUUUCUCUCAGUGCUUAGUGUUUUUUGUGUCGUGUCGUUGGCCAGCUGCGCGCGAUGGACCCAUUCGACUUACCUCAGCCCGGAUUAUCGGCUUUUGUGGACCUUAGGUCCUGGCCCUCAGGAUAUCACUUUCGAGGUGCAGGUGCGCACCCUGGGCUACGUAGGUUUCGGGUUUUCCAAGGAUGGGAAAAUGGCCGGCGCCGACAUGGUCGUCGGUUGGGUGGACCAGGGACAGGUGUAUUUCCAGGACAGACACGUGAAGCAUUCGCCAGGCAGCGCGACCGAUCGCGAGCCGGAAGUGGAUCCCAGCCAGGAUUACCAGCUUUUGCUCGGUUACGAAAACAGCACACACACGGUGCUCCGUUUCCGCAGAAAACUGGACACCUGCGACCACCACGAUAUUCCCAUCACGAACGACACCAUGCGCUUGGUCUGGGCCUUCCACCAAGACGAGCCGGUAGGGGGCGCCGUGGGUCCAAAAUCCCUACCACGCCACGAUACCACUUCCAGAGGUGCUCAGUCGCUGUAUCUGGUUCAAAGGGCCGAUCAAGAGGCUCCUAGUCCAGAGGAAACGGUCAAAAUAUGGGAGCUGCGUAACCCAGCGGUGGAGGUGCCUCUGAUUCCAGGCGAGAGCCUCCACUGGUGCCGGGUGUUUCGGAUCCCGCAGUCCAUCAACAGGAAACAUCACUUGAUACGGUACGAACCGCUUCAGGGCAAGACGGGCGCCAACGGACUUCAGCACCUCGUCCUUUACGAAUGUCAGGAUAACCCGCUGGUGGAAAAACUGGCGGACUCCCCCGGCAGGCAGUGUCACGACCUGCACUCGCAACCCUUCAUCAUCUGUAACACCGUCGUCGCUAGCUGGGCCCGGGGGUCCGAGGGGUUUAGUUUCCCCCCAGAGGCCGGCUAUCCCUUGGACUCGUCUAGCAGAUAUUAUCUGUUAGAAACGCACUACACGAGCACACCAGACGCCACUAUGGGCGCCAUCGACGGUUCUGGUCUACGUUUGUUCUACACCCCCCAGUUGCGACGUCACGACGCCGGAGUAAUCUCCAUGGGCAUGGACCCCAACUGGCGCCACAUCAUCCCUCCAGGUCAGAACAAGGUGGUGUCGUCCGGACACUGUAUUCCCGAUUGCACUCGUCAAGCGUUCCCCCAUUCUGGUAUCAACAUGUUCGCGGUCGUGAUGAAGACCCACAAAAUUGGACGCCAGGUGGCGCUGAGGCACAUACGGGGCAGCAACGAGUUACCACCCAUCGCCACCGACGACAACGUGGAUUCGGAUUACCAGGAGUAUCGGAAACUCGGUGUGCCUGUGCGUAUAUUACCUGGCGACCAUUUGAUUACGGAGUGUACGUACAAUAGUUCCGGGCGUAGUGCUAUAACGUUGGGUGGGCUGACGAGUAGGGAGGAGACGUGUUUGGUGUUGGGACUGUACUAUCCGCGUCAGAAGUCGUUGGCCGCGUGCCACAGUUUGCCUAGUCUGCCCACUGUGCUACACUCGUUGGGGAUCCAGGAGCUCAGCCCCGGAUCGAACCCGGUGAGGAUAGCGGCGCCUCCCGAGCUGGCCGGGAUGACUCUGGAAUCGAGAUUGGUGUCGUACGACUGGGAUAAUCAGUUUAAUAGUUUCCAGGAGGCGACGAUGAGGGGAUCCUUCAAGCCGAUUUGUUGGACGUCGCAGUUGUCUUUGUUGCCGGGCACGGAUAAAGAAUCGCACUACCCCAACAUAUCGAAGCCGUACGUCAGGAGCACGGUCGAUCACUGCAACUACAAACGGUACAGCACAGAGGGCUGGCCCGGAGGUACGCCGUUGUUGGAGCUGGACAGCAAUCACAUAGAGGGUGCCACGAAAAGCAAAGUGUCCCGGAGCAGUAGCCCAGCUGCCGAGGAGUCCAUGGGGUUGACGAUAAGCGAAGCGAGCGCUCCCACUUCGUGGAGCAAGAGGUUCCUGUUGGUGAUGAGCGUCAUAUUGAUAUGGUGUAACCGUUGAUGUUAAGUGUGUUAGGGAUCUUUCAAUUAUCGAACCUUGGAACGUGGACAAUACAAUCCCGGUGUGCGUUGGUUUUGUUUUUUAAGUUAUGUUUUCACUAGUCCGUUCGGCCAGCAUUUAAGUUACGAGAGUGAGCGAGCUAGGAUCGAGGUGAAGCGUCCGAAAAUGUGAGACGGAAACGGAUACGUCGCCGGUUUUAUUUUGGUGGGGAGCGAUCGUUUCGGAAACCGAUCUUUACGUAUACGGGGUGUAAUAAGCCGCGAUGCGCUUGAUGUGAUGGGUGACAGUUCUACAGUUUUCUUCAAAAUUUUGUUGACUUCAACUUUGAUAUUUUAAAUAAAACGCCCUGCAUUCGGACGGCGCUUUUCGAGACGGCUUCAACGGUAUAUGACAUGAACUUAAACUGUCAUAAUGACGACGGUGUUUUAAAUAUUUCUCAAAUUCUAUAAGUCCUCAGUAAAACAUAAGAGUUCGUGUUGUUUUAUCCUCGUAAGGGAAAUUUUUGAGCCGCGGCGUUGCCAAGUCUCGCGUUUUGUACAUUUACUCGAUUUUUUUAAAUAAGCCCUGUAUACUACAUAAUAGUCUAUUAAGAUUCCUACUGUUAUAUGUUGUAAUAUACAGGGGGUGCUAUUAAUUUUCUCUUGUCGUGUUCAUCACCUAAGAAUUUCGCUUUCUUAGCAUGAGACUACGUUAAAUCAAGUCCCCUAUGUGACGUGUAUGUAAAUCGGUAUGACAGUUUUCGCUUGUGUCAAAAAAUACCGAAAUGCCGUCUGGAAACGCACUGUCCGAAUAUGUUAGUAUAAUAAGGGAACUCGUGCAUUAAAACCAUAUACUUGAAAAUUUUAAGUUAAAUCUUUUGUAGGUCUUAUCAUUUUUCAGAUGGGAUAGUGGGUCAUUUUAUGUGGACCACGAUCUACUGUGGCAUGCUAUGAUCGAGACAAAAACUAAACUAAACUUCAACUACGCCGAACUAAAUGAAUCGACUGAAAUGAUCUAAUUUAACAGUGUAUAUCAAUUAUACACGAGUUAAAUCCUGGCUUUAUUUCUGAUUUAAAAGUUAGAACACCCUGCAGAAUGCAUUUUUUUUGGUCUCUCCUUACACUAUCUUAUUGUCACACUGACAAUUUCUCCAUUCAGUAUGCAAUGCAAGGUUACGUUUAAAUUCGGCCUUGAAGGUGUGGUAUAGUUACAAAUUUUUAGUAGGAAGAAUGUUACAUUACGCUUGGGUAAGUUUCAUUUGUGGUUAAAACUUUUAGUUAGUAUUUCUUUUUCUAAUUCUUGUAUCACUGGGACCUCAAUAUUUCAACUAAAUCAUUACUAUGAACCGACCACAAGCAACUCUCGUUGAACUCUGCCCUCAGUUCCAUGCCCUUCCUAUAACGGAAAUCAUAUCUGCCACCAAAAAUAAGUACGUGGAAGUAAACCAACAAAAAGAAAUGUCAAGAAGAGGUCAUUAAGUAUCAAAUCGAAAAGUUCAACGCUUCUCUCCAUCCGCGCGGAUAUUGCCUUUGCUAUAUUUCCCGGGAAUUUGUUUACAAUUACGCCAUCCAGAGAAAUCACGGCAUAAAGAUCUUUAAUUAACGAGCUGCUAUGAAAAAUUGACAAUUCAAAUGAGUGCGUAAUCUAUAAGAAUACGUGUUUAAAUGAAAACUUCAUAAUACGCCGUACGCGUGAGAUAACCACUCGUAUCCUCCGCGAGCGUUACGAAAUUGCAAUUAAAUAAAUUAAAUUUAAUUACCCCCGAUGCUUUCAACUUCCGCCUACGAUCAUACCGAUUGUUUUGCCGUUAAACGUUUUGUGAUAGCCGUAUCGCUAAUAGAGAAAAAUAACUUUUAUAUUAUUAAUUAAGAUAGUUAAUUCAAAUUUAAUUUUUGUCUCGGACGUGGUUAAUCCAAAAUUUUAUUGACUGUGCUUUGUAUUGGAUUGCAUGGCAUUACGCCAAAUAUAACGGAACUGUGAUUAGAUAUUUCGUGAAAAAAUAUAUACAAAUUUUAUGUUAUCAUUAGAGAAGCAGCGUGGCGAUAAGAGCGGCCGAAAAUCUCAGGAUUUAGCGGCAGCCAUUUUGUUUAUAUGUCGCGAUUGGCGCUUUGUACGCGAAGACAAUCAAUAUUUAGCUGAAUAAUGCGAUAUUGCAGUUUGCUAGGCGAUCCAACCCGCUUACCGCUGAUUCUAUACAGGGUGUCCGAAAAUAACGCGGGAAUAAUUUAAGAGUAGAUUCUACAUGAAAGAAUAAGAAAGUCAGUUUGGUUAGUGUUGUUUGUUGUGACGAGAGACUCUUUCGGGGCUAAUUACAUUAAAAUUAUACAGAACAGUGGCGUCGCAGCAACUCUUUUUUGGACAAAAGAAAUGUGCGCCACUGACUUUUGUACAACUUUUAAUUUUUUCCCAAAUUAGGCAAUUAAAAUUGCGAGUUUUCUGUCUCUUGCAUUUUUAUCGCGUCUUUUCUAAUUGUUUCUUUUAUUAAUAUCUUUAGUCACCUUUUUCCAGAUUUCUUACAAUGUGUCAAUUUUCUGUGUCCCUGGAUCAAAAUUUAAAAGUGCAGUGGCGCUCUGGGGCAAAAUUUUGCGGAUAUAUUCAAAAAAAAAAAACCGUUUGGUUCCGAACUUUACGUACUGAAGAUCCACAGAUCUUUUGUUGAUUUCAAUGUCGAAAAACCUCAUAAAAUUGAAUCGUUAAAUAUGAACACACUCAGCUAAAAUGAAAGGGUGCUUAUAGAAUAAACGCUUAUCAUGUUAUCAAGCAAAAUCCCUCUGUCUAAUAUUUUCUGCCUAAUAACUGGAAAAAAAAACAAUUUAGUUACAAUGUUUUGUUAUUCAAUUUUAACGUUUUGAAGUAGGUCGUUUCUACUCUAUAAUAUAAAAAUCGGAUUUCGUUUGUCCUGGGCGUGCAAACAGAAGUUCUUGGUCGCUCUCAUUCAUAGUCUUCAUUCACUUUUCUUGACUCUUUUUGAAUCCUUUAUUAUAUUGUUUUAGACACCUUGAUAGCGACCAGAGUUCUUGCCCCAUAAAAACCCUCUCACUUUUUGAGUGGAAUAGUUAUUCCCUCCCGUGCUUCAUUUUUCAUAAAUUGCGAGACCUUGUUAACGAUUUCUCGUCCUCCUUUUUUAUGAUUCUUUAGGUAAAUGAACUCUCUUAUAAAAACUAUGCUUGCAAAAUACCACUUCAAUUAUUCUAACGUUAUUUUCGGAUACCCUGUAUAAACAAAUAGAUGCGGAUCGACUCAAAUAUAAACUUCAAGUUUCAGAAGACUGAUUCCUCCACCAAAAUAAAUACCGAGACGAAGGAAAUUUAAAUAUCAUCGCGGCAAGUCUCACGCGGUCCAAUCGGGUCGAAUAAAACUGUAACACGCGGCAACGCUGCCAAGUUGGACAGCCGAGAAGUCGCUGAUAUGGUCUGUGAUGUAUGUAGGAAAUAAGCGCAUAUAUUUUGUAAUUAUGGUCCCUAUAAUAGCUGUAACCCGAGUAGUAGUCGCUAUCGUUGUUAUGCAAUUCGGUUGUCGGACA